AUGGUGUUGUGCAAGACAACGGUCAACUUGAAACCUGUGAAAUACACAACCAGUACAUUUGCAGGUGGAAACUUACUGGGUGAUGGUUAUAACUUGACAUCUCUUUCCCUCGACAGUCCCUUGGCAUUAUUCUUCAAUGAACAAGAUGAACUAGUUUUCACAGAUGCUAAUACCAUUAAAGCAACAUCUGGUAAUGUGAUAAAAGCGAUUGCUGGUACAGGUGAAUUACCAGGUAGUUAUAGUGAUGGUGGCGCAAAUCAAUUGGCUCUGCUUGCUCAAAUUAAUGAACCUAGAGGCAUUGUAGUAUCAAAAGAAACUGGUGAUAUUUACUUUUCAGAUUAUUACAAUGAUUUGGUGAGAAAAAUUGACAUGAAGAGUGGAAAGAUAAGUGUAAUUGCUGGCAUUCCUGGUUCUUCAGGAUUUAAUGAUGGACAAGCUAAGUUAUCAAAAGUUUCACGUCCUUUUGGUAUUGGUUUGAUAAAUUCUGAUGUAAUCUUUGCUGAUAGGAAUAAUCACAGAAUUAGAAAGAUCUCAAAUGGUGCAGUUGUAACAAUCUGUGGUAAUGGUAUCAAUAAUUUUGGAGGUGAUAAUAGACCAGCACUCACUGCCAGGAUAAACACACCAACAGGAUUAUUUGUCAAUUCCACUAAUGGUGACAUUUACUUUUGUGAUUCACUUAAUCAUAGAAUUAGAAAGAUUGAUGGCAGCACUGCAAUUAUUUCAACAAUCGCAGGUAAUGGAGAUGUAGGAUACUCUGGUGAUGGAGGCUUGGCAACCAAUGCAGCAUUGAAUUUUCCAACUGGUGUCGUUUCCACUCCUGAUGGUACAUUAUACAUUAUUGAUAAUAAUAACGUUAUUAGAAUGGUCAAUAGCAGCGGUUACAUUUCUACAAUUGGUGGAAGUAUGGAUAGUGGUAAUUAUGGUGAUGGUGGUCCCGCAAUCAAUGCCAAAUUUGCUUAUCCAACAGGAAUCUCAGUUUCUAAAAAUGGAGAUGUUUAUGUUACUGACACUGGAAAUUUGAAGAUACGUAAAAUUUCAAAACAAACUGGAAUUAUUGAAACAGUAAUUGGUAAUACAAAUGUAUAUGGAGGAGAUGGGUUGCCAGCAUCAAAAGCAGCUUUGGGCUAUAUUAGUCAAGUUGUUUCAAUUGAUGGCAUUACAUAUAUUUCACAUGAUUGCAGAAUUAGAAAGGUUGACAAGAAUCAAAUUGUUUCAACUAUUGCAGGUAACGGUAACCGUCUAGAUGACUCUACUAUUGUCCCUAACGUUAUUAAUCCGCUCGAAUCAAUCCAGAGCAUUAUUGGACUUUCCGUUUCACCAAUUACAAAAGAGUUAUUUGUUUCAUUCAGUAAUUCAAUUUACAAACUAUUUUGGAAUGGCACAUUGAUAAGAGUUGCUGGAACCAAUGGUCAAUUUGGAGGUGAUGGAUACAAUGCCAAAUAUUCAGUUAUCAGUAGAGCAACUGGAAUUGACUUUUUACCAAGCACUAGUGAAAUGAUUAUUGCUGACAGUUUAAACUCAUGUAUUAGAAAGAUUUCAACUUUGGGAAUUAUAACAACCAUUGCUGGUAAACCUGGUGUUGCAGGAUACAGUGGAGAAAACGUAAGAGCUAUUGAUUCAAUGAUAGGUAAUCCAGUUAGAGUUCUUGUUAGCAAGAUGGGUGAAAUUUACUUUUCCACAAAUACUCAUCGAGUUCAAAAGAUAUCACUCAAUGGAAAUAUCACAACAAUUUGUGGAACUGGGGUUGAUGAUUAUAGUGGAGAUGGAGGUAAUGCUAUCGAGGCAGCAAUUUCAAAUCCUAAUGGUAUGGCUUUCUCUUCUGAUGAAGAAUUGUUAUAUGUUGCUUGUAAUGGUAAUAAUGCAAUUAGAGUUGUUAAUUUGACAAGUGGCAUAAUUGACAUUGUACAAAAUGUAGCAUCUCCUUUAGAUGUUGCACUUACAAAUGAUGGAUUGUAUCUUUUAGUAUUACUAUCAGAUUCCACUUUGAACAAUAUUACACUUUCCACUUUACAAAAUUCAAUUAUUUGUGGUACUGGAGUUGAAGGUUACAAUGGAGAUGAUAUUCUUGCAACUGAUGCACAACUCAAUAAGCCAACAAGUGUUUCAGUAGAUCAAAAUGGUGACAUUUACAUUUCAGAUAAUUCUAGAUUAAGAAAGAUUUCUAAUGGUGUUAUUUCAACUAUUGCUGGAAACGGAAAUACUACUGAUAUCGAAAAUGAUGUUCUUGCCAACAUGACUAGUGUAGUUCCAUCAUUCUCAAAGGUUGGACCAAAUGGAGAUUUAUAUAUAAUUGACAGAGCUUAUAUCAGAACAGUAUCUACCAAUGGAAUUAUUAGUACUCUAGCUGGUGGUUUGGGCGAUGGUGGAUUGGCAUCUGAAGCCUAUUUAUGUCCAAACAGAUUGGUAGUAUCAUGGAGAGGUGACAUUUAUUUUACAGAUUCUUGUUAUGCUAAUAAUAUUAGAAAGAUUUCUUAUGAUACAGGAAUUAUUUCUACUAUUGCUGGUGGUAUAUAUGCUGGUUAUAACAAUGAUGAAAUUGAGGCAAUUAAGGCAAAACUCAAUAAUCCAUAUGGUAUUACAGUGAGUGUGGAUGGAGAUAUUUAUUUCACUGAUAUAGGAAAUAACAGAAUUAGAAGAAUAAGCAAAGACGGUAUCAUUCAUGCUGUUACAGGAAAUGGAAUUGUGCUAUCAACUGGAGAUGGUGGUUCUGCUCUUUUGGCAUCUAUUAUUAAUCCUGCAUCUGUUAUUACAACCAAAGUUGGUGAUGUAAUUUUUCCUGAUUGUGAUGCCCAUGCUAUAAGAAAGAUUUCAGCAUUGGAUGGAAAUAUCUCAACAAUUAUUGGUAAUGGACAGACAGGUUUUGAGAUGAGAGACAAUGUGAAAGGAAAUGAAACUAUUGUUUCAUGCCCAGACUCUAUCUUCAUUGAUGAACAAGGAAAUUUAAUAUAUUCAGAUACUGGUAUCUUUCGUAAUGGCUUGGUUAGGGUGGCAGUUCCAUACUGUGAAGAAGAUGGUUUUCGUCUGAGUGAAAAUUCCUUAAUAUGCACACCAAUCUGUUAUGGAAAGUUUGGUAAUAAUUCUUGUGGUGGACCAUCCCAAGGUGCUUGUGUUGAUGUCAAUUUGUGUGAAUGUGAAAUUGGUUGGAUUGGAGAAACUUGCAACAUUACCACAUGUAAUGGUUUGUUAAGUAAUGAUUCUGCUGUUUGUCAAUCGAGGGGUAAAUGUUUAGAUUAUGAAAAGUGUACUUGUGAUAAUGGUUUUAGUGGAGCCAAUUGUGAAUACUUCUCUUGUUUUGGAAUUCAAAGUAAUGAUCCACUCACUUGCAAUUCUCAUGGUCAAUGUAUCGGAAAAGAUUUGUGUGAAUGUAAUUCGACUUGGCAUCAAGUUCCACAACUUUUGAAUACUGAAACAAUUGCACGGAUGGAAGGAAUGAAAAAAGAUAAACCAAUGAGUGACCGUCAAGCACUUAAUUAUCCGGAAGAACAUAAGCCAAUGAUGAAGAAAUUAGAGAAAUUAUGUGAAAAGGUUGGAAGAUUACAAGCUUUCAGAUAUCAUAGAUAUUACGAAUGUCAUAUUGGAGGUUCUGAAUAUGAAAUUAAUGCAUACGGAAUUGGUGGAGUGUUUUUACUGGUAUUCCACUCGGAAGGACUUUGGUAA